UGUAGCAGACGGCUGAUUCCCUCCGACACGCGGCUGACCUUGUAUUUUGAAAACAUUUUGUUCAAAUGUCCUCGCGCAUCAGGUUCUAUAUUUCCUUGUAAGGAAAUAUUGUUAUGAGCUUAUUUUCAGACGUUGAUUGGAUGGCUGAUUAAUACGGAGAAACACAACGAGUGUUCGGAUGUGAGAACUGCACUGAUUGAUCAGAUGAGGAUUUGCAGGGGAAGUAAUGCGUUCAUGCUACAUUAUAAGAACUACAGAGUUUUCUGACUGUGAGAAACGUAAAAUUGAGCAUGGCUUUUUCUAGAUGCCGAAUGUUCUUACAGAAAUACUGUUCAGUUCUCUCUCCUACUUCUUUCAGAGAGAUUGCAUUUCCUAAGUGUCAUUGGAGACCUUAUUGCUUGGCAAAACUGGUGUCACAUCAUGCAAGUUACUCCCAUUUCCAGUCUACAGAUAGAUCCUUUUCAACAUCUAGUCUAUUAAUGUUAAGUACAGUAACAAAAGAACUAAGGAAACCUUAUCUGAUGGCGACAGAUCCAGAAACGGAAGCAAUCCUUGCAGAAGACAUGCUUGUGUUUCCAGACUUUCUUAGUGAAGAAGAGGAGCAAAGUCUUCUAAAUGAAGUUGAACCCUACAUGAAGAGAUUAAGAUAUGAAUUUGAUCACUGGGACAAUGCAAUUCAUGGCUAUAGAGAGACUGAGAAACUACAGUGGAAUGUCAGUAACCAAAAGAUUCUGCAACGUGUGCGACACCUAGCAUUUCCACCAGGAAUCCCCCAAAUUGCUUAUGUUCAUGUUCUGGAUAUCUCUAAGGAGGGGUAUAUUAAGCCCCAUGUUGAUGCCAUAAGGUUUUGUGGAAACACUAUUGCAGGAAUGUGCCUUCUUUCUUCCUGUGUCAUGAGACUAGCUUUGGAGGCAGACAACAGUAGACAUGGAGAUGUUCUUUUAAAACGGAGGUCAUUGUAUAUCAUGAGACACAAGGCCAGAUACAACUACACACAUGAGGUACUGUCUCAAGAAAGAUCCGUGUUCAAGGGAGAGGUUAUUCCACGAGAUAGACGAAUAUCUGUUAUUUGUAGAAAUGAGCCUGAAAAAUUGGACUGAGAAGAAAGAGUUUGUAGCUUUCAGGAAGAUUUUAUCAUUAUUACUUUUUUUGAAUGUAUUCUUAAUCAGAGUUGUGUUUUAUACAUCCAUUUGCACCUUUCACACCAUCAUAAAUAAACAUAUCAAAAAACAA